AUGACAUUUAUGGUGAGUCCCACUCACAUUGAGGGCCAUAUAAAAGGCCCUCAGCAGGGUGAAUUAUCCAGACUGAAGUCACCUACACUCCUUCUCCACUCAACGACAACCUCAACAACCAGCACCAUGUGUGGCAGCUACUACGGGAACUACUAUGGCGGCCGUGGCUAUGGAUGCUGUGGCUACGGAGGCCUGGGUUGUGGCUAUGGAUCCUGCUAUGGCUGUGGCUAUGGAGGCCGGGGCUAUGGCUAUGGCUCUUGCUAUGGCUGUGGCUAUGGAGGCCGGGGCUGUGGCUAUGGAGGCCUGGGCUGUGGCUAUGGAGGCCUAGGCUGUGGCUAUGGCUGUGGCUAUGGCUAUGGCUCCCGCUCACUCUGUGGCUGUGGCUAUGGCUGUGGCUCAGGCUAUGGAUCUGGCUUUGGCUACUACUACUGA